CUCUGCCUAUGACUGGAUCCUCCUGCUGUCAGUUUUAUCCUCCAGCUCUGAAUACCGCACGGCCGGGGAGGCAUGAAGACUGAGAGAUAAGAGGGGAACAUCGCUGCUGGAUACACGGAAGGAGACGGAGGACGCGCUCUGAUAUGCUGUACUCGACUCAGAAUGGAUGAGCGUCAGACACACGUGAAGCUCAGCGAGGAGAAGCUCAUACCAAAGUCUGAUGUCCUGUCACUGCUGAGGACCUACAACUGUUACCAUGAAGGAAAAAACUUCCAACUGAGGACUCGCGAGGAGGAAGGCGAGCUCAUUCUUGAGGGGUUGCUGAACAUCUACUGGGGUCUUCGCCGACCAAUCCGACUUCAGAUGCAUGACGACAAUGAAAGAUUUCGUCUCAACCGGAACGAUAGGUCCUCUGUGACAAAGCAGUUAUCAGAAGAGUCGAACAAUAACUCUGUCAGCACAGAAUCUGGAUCAGCCGGUGGUGACGUGGUCGGACAAGAGGAAGAGGAUUCUCCUCAGCUGCUGAGGACCAGAAGUGAUGCUUCCUUCAUGCGUGUCCAGAGGAGGUCAAACACACACACUGCCAGAGACCUGCACCGCCUGCGCUCACACAGGUUCUCAAUCAACGGACACUUUUACAACCACAAGACAUCUGUUUUUACCCCCGCCUACGGUUCGGUCACUAACGUACGAGUAAACAGCUCCAUGACGACCAUACAAGUCCUCAACCUGCUGCUACACAAGUUUAGGGUGGAAAAUAAACCUGAAGAGUUUAUCCUUUAUAUGGUGCACGAGUCCGGUGAGAGGACUCGACUGAAGGAUGGUGUAUACCCGCUGGUAGCUCGUGUGCUCUACGGACCCUGUGAGAAAAUCUCCAAGAUCUUAAUCACAGAGGCCGACCUGGGAGAGGAAGUCACAUAUGAUGUUGCCCAGUACAUAAAGUUUGAGAUUCCUGUUUUAGACAGCUUUGUGGAAAAACUGAAAGAGGAAGAAGAGCGUGAGAUAAACAAACUUACCAAAAAGUUCAGCGCUCUGAAGUCUAUGAUUCAGCAUCAGCUGGAAGGCAAAGCUCUCACCAGUGACAGAGUAUGAGUGUGUGUGCAUGCAUGUCCUGAUAGUGACCUGUUUAUAAUUGUUUUGAGUGUGUGAGUGUGAGUGUGUGUAUGCGUGGGAACAACACUAAUGACUGUUGAUUAGAGUUGGAAGAUCUCCAAACACUGUAGUGAAUGUACAGGUGAAGUUAAAAUGACAAAGUUAAGGCUGCAAUAGAACCAUAUCAAACACCAAUGUGCUUCUACUUUUAGAAUUACACCUUUUAAUAGUUUGUAUGAUCUGUUUGUUGAUGUAGAAGUUUAUCACUGCUUUGAUAUCUCUGCUGUUAAUAUAUCCACAUUUCAUAUGAAAUUCUUACUGCAUAUACUACGGAUAUUUAUACCGGCUGUUUUUUGACAAUGUUUUCUAAGACUUGGACCUCUUUAUGUAAUAAAUCAAUUUCAGUGUGGCCUUCUAUGAA